AUGAAGCCGCACAUUUCGCCAACCUUGGUUUCGAGCUGGCAUGCUCCUCAAUGCCGGUGCACGGGACAGGCCCUCGCUGCCUUUGCUCCGAGCAAAAGGACGCCAAGAAAGGCGCAUGCUUCCUCGCCUGGGAAUAUCUUAACAUCCCGUCAGCCUCUGCGAAGGAACAUUGCCAUAGCGUCGCGUGGCCCGACUACCACCUCGACAAGACGCUACAGCAGCACGUCAACCGAAGCGUCACCCUCCAGCGUCGCCGCUCUGCCACGGGUAUUGGUCAACGACAUGACCAACCAGGAGCUGAUCAUCGACUUCAACGCCGGAACGGCAUUGCGGUACCCCUCGUUCUGGCUCAGAGACCACUGUCCCUGCUCGGAAUGCCAACACCCCAGCACGCAUCAGAGACAGCUCGACACAUUUAGCAUCGACCCGGAAAUCAAAGUCUCCAGCAUCCAGUCCACACCGGCGGGAUUGGAAGUCGUCUGGCCUGUAUCAAGCGUGGCCAAGACCACGGACAUCCACACUGACACGCAAACCCAAACCCAGACUCACCGAAGCGUAUACUCAUGGGAAUGGCUCGAAACACAUCCCCCUUUCAUCCAGGCCAGCGGUAAGACCACUCCAUCGAACGCGCCCCGUCGAACAUGGACGCAUGUUCCUCCCCCUUCCUCCUCGAGCACCUCCUCCCUCCCCAGCGUGCAGUACGAUUCCAUAAUCUCCACGACCUCUCCCUCCGGAUUAAAAACCUUCCUCCAAACAAUCCACACCCUAGGCUUCUGCCUCGUCCCACGCACGCCCCCGGACCCUGCAUCCACGCAAUCUCUCGUCGAGCGCAUCUCGCACAUCCGCCCCACCCAUUACGGCGGCUUCUGGGACUUCACCUCGGCCCCGAACCCGAUCGACACGGCCUACACGGACGACUACCUCCCCCCGCACACCGACACCACGUACUUUACCGACCCGGCAGGCCUGCAGCUUUUCCACUGCCUCCAGCCCGCGACGCAGGGUGGCGGCGAGUCCACGUUCGUCGACGGCUUCGCGGCCGCACAGCACCUCUACGCCACCUCGCCGCAGCACUACCACGCGCUGAGCACCUACCCGAUCGUGUCGGCCGCGCUGGGCUCGCCGGCGGGAGCGUUCUACAACACGGCCGUCGCCCGCAGGGGGUAUCCCGUGCUCGUGCACUCGGCGCCCUUGCCCGGCGUGACCACACCUUCGCCCGCCACGCUCGUGCAGAUCCGAUGGAACAAUCUCGACCGCGCGGCGCCUGCGACACCCAGUUUCCCCAACCACACGGCCCUGAAGGCGUGGUACAGCGCGGCGAGGGAGUGGAGCCGCGUGUUGGAGAGUCCCGAGUUUUUAAUCACCUUGCAGCUGAAGCCCGGCGAACCGGUCAUCUUCGACAACUGGCGCAUCUUGCAUGGCCGGCUGGCGUUCCAGGGCCAGAGAAGGGUAUGUGGAGCGUAUGUGGCGAUGGAUGAUUUUCGAGCCCGCUGCAGGGGAUUAGGCAUCGAGGUGUAG